GCCCCUCGGAAGCGGGCGUGGAGCCCGGGCCGCCGGGUCGCACCGCACAAGGAGCGCCGGGAGCCCGUGUGCGCGCGCCGGCACCCGCUCUUGCUUGGGCCCCAUGCAGCCACCUGCGGAACCAGGAGAAAACCCCAGCUGGUGACCUUGUCACCCUGGGCGCGGGCACGUGGCUCGGCUGACUGGCAGUGCCCCGCCCCCUCUGCGGCGACUCUCCAGCCUGGCUCACCGCGGGUGCUGAAGCGUAGACUGGCUCCUUCGGUGGCGCAGUCUUGCUUGGUCUGGGGACAUGGCCAGAAGGGCUCUCAAGCUCACUUCGUGGACCAGCGUGGCCCUUGCAGCCUCUGGCUUCUACCUUUACAAUAACAAGUACUUGGAUCCUAAUGACUUUGGUGCUGUCAGGGUGGGCAGAGCAGUUGCUACGACAGCUGUCAUCAGUUAUGACUAUCUCACCUCCCUGAGGAGUGUCCCCUAUGGCUCAGAGGAGUACUUGCAGCUUCGAUCCCAGGUGCACCUCCGUUCUGCCAGGCGUCUCUGUGAGCUCUGCUGUGCCAACCGGGGCACCUUCAUCAAGGUGGGCCAGCACCUGGGGGCCCUAGACUACCUGCUGCCCCAGGAGUACACCAGCACGCUGAAGGUGCUACACAGCCAGGCCCCACAGAGCAGCAUGCAAGAGGUCCGCCAGGUCAUCCGCGAGGACCUGGGCAAAGAGAUCCAUGAUUUGUUUGUGAGCUUUGACGACACCCCUCUAGGGGCUGCCUCCCUGGCCCAGGUCCACAAGGCGGUGCUGCAUGAUGGGCGGACAGUGGCUGUGAAGGUCCAGCACCCAAAGGUGCAGGCUCAGAGUUCAAAGGACAUUCUCCUGAUGGAGGUGCUUGUCCUGGCUGUGAAGCAGCUGUUCCCAGAGUUCGAGUUCAUGUGGCUGGUGGAUGAAGCCAAGAAGAACCUGCCUUUGGAGCUGGAUUUCCUCAAUGAAGGGAGGAACGCAGAGAAAGUGGCCCAAAUGCUCAAGCACUUUGACUUCUUAAAGGUCCCCCAAAUCUACUGGGAGCUGUCUACCAAGCGGGUCCUUCUGAUGGAGUUUGUGGAUGGUGGGCAAGUCAAUGACAGAGACUACAUGGAGAAGAACAAGAUCGAUGUCAACGAGAUCUCGCGCAACCUGGGCAAGAUGUACAGUGAGAUGAUCUUUAUCAACGGCUUCGUGCACUGCGACCCCCACCCAGGGAACGUGCUGGUGCGAAAGCGCCCGGACACGGGAAAGGCAGAGGUUGUCCUGUUGGACCAUGGGCUCUACCAGGUGCUCACAGAAGAGUUCCGCCUGGAUUACUGCCACCUCUGGCAGUCGCUGAUCUGGACUGACAUGAAGAAGGUAAAGAAGUACAGCCAGCGUCUGGGAGCUGGCGACCUCUACCCCUUGUUUGCCUGCAUGCUGACGGCCCGCUCAUGGAACUCGGUCAACAGGGGCAUCAGCCAAGCUCCAGUCACUGCCACUGAGGACUCAGAGAUCCGCAACAAUGCGGCUAACUACCUCCCCCAGAUCAGCCAGCUCCUCAACCACGUGCCACGCCAGAUGCUGCUCAUCUUCAAGACCAACGACCUGCUGCGUGGCAUCGAGGCUGCCCUGGGCACGCGCGCCAGCUCCAGCUCCUUCCUCAACAUGUCGCGUUGCUGCAUCCGAGCGCUGGCCGAGCACAAGAAGAAGAAUGCCUGUUCGUCCUUCAGAAGGACCCAGAUCUCUUUCAGUGAGGCCUUCAGCUUAUGGCAGAUCGACCUUCAUGAACUCAUUCUGCGUAUGAAGGGGUUAAGGCUGGCCAGCUGGGUCUUGGCCCUGCUUUGCUGGCUGUUGCCUGCUCCACGCUGAGUGGACUUGCUGUCCCCUGCCCAUUUUCUGUGUGACUCUAUGGCAGGCAAGGGUUUUUUUUCACUCACUCUUUAGUCAUGUCUCCACAUUGUGGCCUGGAGCCCCCCAGUCGCUGUCCAUGGUCCCAUUAUACUCCUCCUCUAGAAUUCCUCUCCCACAUGGUAGCCCUUGUCUCGGGACCUCAUACUGAGCCAUGCGACAUGUUUUUCUGCUUAUCCAGGGAGAUGGCACACAGUCUGCUUCCCCACUCCCAACGUGUGCCACUGGGUUGGGUGUCCCCCACCGCUUCCGUUAGCCCUUCCUUUGUCAGGAUGGACCAUGAAUCGCACCGAGGGCACAUCUAACUUGUAGGAGGCUUGAUUUUGUUGGAGGGGAGUGUGGUCUCUGAGCUCGCUGGAGAGCAGGUGCCCUUACCUUGUGCUGUCGUCGGUCCCCGGAGGUGUCGCACCUUAGUGAGUGGCUUGGCCUCCGAGGCAGGCUGCGUUGCAGCCGUGAGUUCACCGCUAUCAUGGGGACCCCUUUGGUAUUUUAUGUGCUGUGUUUCAAUAAAAACUUUUUCAGGGUUGCAGGGCAGGGCUUGGCUGGUGGGAUUUUUAUUCAAGUUUGGGUGCGAAUCUACUUUGGCCAUUAGGCGGGAGUGGACCUGGAUGCCACAUGCCAUUGUGGUCUGCUCGGCUUCUUGCUCCUGUAUUCCUCCAGCCUGCCACUGUGGGGCUACUUCCUGCUUCUUGUAGGUUUCUCUCACCUUCCAAGACUGACACCGUGGUCGAAGUUGUUCAGAAGCCCAAGACCAGGAACUCAGAGACUCAGCUGAAACCUCAGACUUUGGUUCCCCUGGUUUCUCACCUCAUUCCCUGUGACCUGGUACCUGCCUUGUUCUACUAAUUGUUUCCUGACUUAGCCCUUUGUUUUUAUCAUUCGGCGCCCACAGUCCUGUAGCCUGGGGUCCAAACUUCACUCACCAUGGCUAGGGUUCCACUCUGAAACCUCCUUGUCAUCUGUCUGGACUCUAUGCUUCACCUGUUGCCUGCUGCCAGCCUGCUCUUCCCCCAGCUCUAUCCCCUGCUCCUGUUUCUAGGACAUCUCAAACUCCUGCUUUAACUUCUGUGUUUGUAUGGUCUCCAGGUGCUACUGGGUUGGAUGUCUCAACACUUCCUUUGUCAAGAUGAACCAUAGAACAAUUUGAGGGCGCAUCUAGCUUGUGGGAUGGUUGCAUUUGUUGGGGAGGUGCAUGGUCUCUGAGCUGGCUGGAGAGCAGGUUCCUUCUUGCCAUGUUACUCCCCGGAGGUGUCGCACCCCGGAUGUGGCAGGUCCUGGCUCUCAUUGAGCACCCUUGCUCACAGACAGUAAUUGUAUUCGGGUCUCUCUGCUCUUACUUUACCCAACUCAUGUGGCAGAAAGCCCCUGAAUUCGAGUCUCUUUUUCUAUUCUUUUUAUUCAUAAUACAGCAAACAGAUUUUCUACUGACCGGAGAAGAUUCACAAUCCCUUUAUUUCCUGAAAAAAUUAAUUGUUCUUAGUGACCAGUUGGAUACACCUAGGGACCUGAGAGAAUAAUUUGCAAGAUCUGUUAUUAAUCAUGAGGACGCAUGCUGCAUAUUAUAUUUUUAUGGUGUCUUUUAUAGCCACUGAAGUAAAUAUAAAUGUCCUUUUUGUUCAGAGUAAUGGUGACUUGCUUUUCACUUUUGGUUUAAUGGUUGGCUUCCUGCUGGCCUGUGAUGUAAAACAUCAGCAUGUUGCCAGUGGGCCUAGCACCCGAGCAACACCCGAAUCCAGGAAGAGUACAGAGGCUGGAAGGGUUUGGGGUACAGGGCAGUGAAAAUAGGAAGAGAAUAGGCCGAUGAUUAUUGAGUGCCCGACACGUGUAAGAGAAUAUGCUCGGCUCUUUGUAACUAAGUUACAUCAUUGAAUUAUCCCAUCAGCUCCAUGAGGGAAAGGGGUCAUUAGCCUCAUCAUAAAGAGAUGGGAACUGAGGUUCAGAGAGUUUUCGAAAUUUGCCUGACGUCACACAGCUGCUGAGUGAUAGAGAGGGACCAUGCUUGCUUUCUUAUUCCACAGUACCAUGGAUAUGGAUCACACUUGUUCUUGGGCCUCCAUGUGUGCCUGAAUUGGGUCUUAAACACCCUGAUUGCAGAGGAAAUUGGAUUUUCAGUGGAGUUGGGCAAGUGAAUAGGUAAAGGAGACAAAAAGUCCUGGAAAAUGCAGACUGAGUUCAGCAUGUACCCAGGGCCUGCGGUGGGUGGACCUGGGCUGCUAUGCUCUGUGACGCAGUUCUGACAUUGACCACCUGGCCUUAGUGCACACUCCACAGGCUUACGGGCACAGUUCCCCACAAGACUGCCCUAACUUCAGACACUAGCUGCAGGUUCGGGGGUGCCCAGGCCACCUGCAGUUCUGACUGACAAAUUUGGGGGCUCCCCCAACCCCCUCAGAUUCAAUAAUUUGCUAGAAUGACUCAGAACUCAGGAAAUUACUAUAUUUGUGAUUAUAAUUGAAUUAUAAAGGUUACAAAUCAGGACCAGCCAAAUGAAGAGAUGCAUACGGCGAGGUCUAGGAGGGUCCCGAAUGCAGAGCUUUUGUGUCUUCUCCCGUGGAAUGACAAAGUGUCUCCCUCUUAGCCUAUCAGUGAGUUCACUGAGCUUCAGCGUUCAGAGUUUUUGUCAGGGUUUCAUUACACAGGCAGGAUUGACUAAAUCACUGAUCACAUGAUUGAACUUAAUCUGCUCUCCCUCUCCCCUCCCCAGAGAGAUGGGACUGGUAUUGCCCCAUCCUAAGCCAUCUAGUACAAACUCAGGUGUGAUCCAAGGGGCACACCAUGAAUAUCAGAGAUCCUCCUGUCACUGAAAAAUUUCAAGGAGUUAGAGGUUCUCUCCCAGGAACCAGAGGCAAAGACCAGGCAAAAUCUUUAUCACAUAACAAUCACUCUGGUGUCUUCUUGUCCUUUGCACUUGGCCUGAGGUGCAUCUUUAUUGACUGACUGCUGGCCUGUGUGCCUUCUGCUUAGCCUGGGUGGAGCCAUCUUUGGAGCCCAGAGCUGUAGGAGGAGAUCUCUCCUAGUGUCUAUUCUGCAGUUCAGAGAGAGCUUGCAUGAGUUUCCAUGUGGGACCUUCACCCUGCUCCCUUCUCUGUCCUGUGGAGCUUGCCAUGAACUGAUUUGGGUUUGGUGCUUUGCAAUAAAAUCCUGUGACUUUUUUUCCUCCCAGCAGUGACAAUGUGUCAGGAAGACACCACCAGCUUACUUUGAAGAGUGUUUUCUCUUUUAACACUUGGAUACUCAAUGAAUUUAGGUGUUGGCUUCUUUGAUUUGGGCAACAUGGCUGUUUUUCCUCCCUUUUCUCAGGUGGAGGAGAGAGGAAUUCCAACUCUGUGGCCCAUUUGAUAGAGAGCCCCUCAGAUAUGUGCCCAGCUUAGAGUAAGGGCAGAUGCCCUGGCUUUUAGUUAAGUGCUCAAUAAACAGGUCGAUACUUAGAAUCUCAGAAUACUUUACUUUCAUGGAUGUUGAAAUCGGUGUAUUAAAAAAGCUAUAUAUGUCACUCAUCCUCUACAAGAGGUGCUGCCUUGUUUGAUUAUUAAUUUCCUCAAGCUCCAAGCCCACUCUCAGGAUCAGAGACGGCCACUUUUAGCAUUACAGGCUGCCCAGGCCCCUCCUGCCACAGCUGCAGGGCUCUGAGAAUGUGAACAUCCAAUGACAUCUCAGAAAACAAAAGUGGCUCCAGGAGGCACCUAAGCAAAUCCUCAGGGGUGGGACUUGUUGAGAGGCAUAGAAUUACUCUCAGUGGAAGCCAGUGUGAGAGGAGUUCCAUGGAGCCAUGCGGAAUGAUACUUGGGGCUUAAGUGGUCUCAAGCUAUGGCCCUAAGGAGCUAGGGUCUCUGUUGGGAACUGAUGAUUGGGUGAUUCUAAACAGAUAGGAGAACAAAACCAGAGAGUGGUGUGUUCCUUGCAGCCUGGCCUGUGGGAGUGGUGAAGUCUGUUGGGCUGGACCAGGAGGGUCUAUAUUUAACAGGAGGACUUGAAUGCCAGGCUCCCUGGUGCCACUGCUACAGAUAGCUGGCCGAAGGGGAACUACCUGCAGGAGGCUUGGUCCCCUAAGCCUUAGUCUGGAAACAUUUUGGUAAAAGCUCUCACCUCCUUUCCUUCCUCUUCCCUCCCUCCUUCUUGUGAAGCUACACAGACUGGCUUGGUUUUCUCUCUUUUUCCAAAGGAAGUAUGAGAUCGGCCCUCAGCAGAGUAAAUAUUAAAACUUGGGCUGUAGCGGCAAUGUCCAUUUUCCUGUGGUGAGUGCCUUUUGGAUUGGUUUUGCUGGAGGCUGCCUCAGCCCCUGCCAACAGCUAGCUUCCCUCCUUCGCCAGGUCGCUGUGCCCCUGGAUCGCACAACCCAGGGCAGAAAGUGCUCUUUCUGCUCAGUUCUGCUUUGGACUUAAUAGUUGCAUAGUUCCUCUGAUGUUCCUUCUUCUUUUGCUCUCUCUUGGGUGUGAGAGGAGUGCCAGGCCGGUGAAGUGAUGGCUAUUAAGCUGUCGACUGCCGCCAUUCCAGCUCCCAUUUCCUUGCCUCUCCCCGCAGUUUCAUCCUAGAGCAGCGCUUCCUAAACUUUCAUGUAUAAAGGAAUAACCUGAGCUCUCGUUCAAGUACAGAUUCUGACUCAGUGGGUCAAGGUAGGGCUGAGAUUCUGCAUUUCCCAGGGGAUGUCGAUGCUGCUGGUUCGUGGACCACACUUUGAGUUGCAAGGAUCUAGAUCACCGGUUCUGAAGGCAUGAUACUGAGACUGGCAGCAUCAGUGUAACCUGGGAGCUUGUUAGAGAUGCAGAUUCUCAGACCCCACUCUAGACCUGCUGAAUCAGAAACUCUGGAGCGGGCGCCCCAAUCUGAUUUAAUAAGCCCGUCAGGGGAUACUGAUGCACACGCUCAUGGUUGAAAUCUCUGGUCUGCAGUUCUUAACCCUCCCUGUACAUCAGGAUCACCAGGAGAGCUUCAAAUGCCCAAGAUUCUAAUUUACAGUAGCUCCUCCCCCCUUAUUUGUGGUUUCACUUUCUGAGGUCACCCACAGUCAACCAUGGUCUGAAAAUAUCAAAUGGAAAGUUCCAGAAAUAAACAAUUCAUAAGUUUUACAUUUUGCCAUUCUGAGUAGCGUGAUGAAACUUAGUGCCAUCCAUUCCGCCCUGCCCACGAUGUGAAUCAUGCCUCGUUCCAGCAUAUCCAUGCUGUAUCCACUACCUGCCCUUAGUCGCUUAGUAGCAUUCUCUGUUGAGCAGGCCACAUUUGCAUAACUUUUAUUACAACAUGUUGUUAUAAUUGUUCUAUUUUACUGUUAUUGUUAUUAAUCUCUUACUGUGCCUAAUUUAUAAAUUAACUUUAUCCUAGGUAUGUAUGUAUAGGAGAAAACAUGAUAUUUGUAGGGAUUGGUGCUCUCUGUGGUUUUAGGCAUCCACUGGGGGUCUUGGAAUGUAAAGGGGAACUACUACUGUAAUUGGUUUGAAUGAGGGCCAGCAAUUUUAAAACAUUGUUUUAGUUGAUCCGAUCAAGUAUACCACAUUACCCUCGGUCAUCGUGUCUCCUUAGUCUCCUUUGCUCUAUGACAGUUCCUCAGACUCCCCUUGUUUUUCAUGACACUGAAAGACCCUGACCUUGAAAGACCAUGACCUUUGGAAGAAUACUGGUCAGAUACUUU